AUGAUCUGCGAUGUUUGUAAGGAUACUUUCGGUAGGAUGCUCGAUUCGUCCGAGAAGAGAUUUACUCAUCACCCUUCGUAUACAAGCCUUGCGCGUUCUGGGGCUGAUGACUGCUUCAUCUGCUCUGAGAUUAUUGAAUCCAUCACCAAAAGCGAUCCAAAAAUCGUUCCGUAUUCUCCCCGUCCACUCACCACCUGGGGGUAUCAUCCAUAUGGUGAUCGAAGAACUUCCACGGAAUUCUGGGUAUGGCUCGACCGUUGUGACCCCUCCAAUAGUUUGCAAUAUAGCUCGGACGCUACUUCUUAUUGCGUCCACAUCUAUGAUGCUACACCCGUUGUCAGCUCGACGCCAUGUUCAACAGCCUUUUCGAAUGACACGGGUUCAGUAGAGACGACAUCCCAGAUCGUGAACUGGCUCGAACGGUGCACAACGGAUCACGAUCUUUGCAACCAGGGGCGAGAAGGAACUUGGAUGCCAUCGCGUUUGCUGGAGAUCAACGAGAUACACGGUGAUCUCAGACUUCAUCUGCGAGACCGUUCACAACUGGACUGGGGUCGCUAUUGUACUCUGAGCCAUUGCUGGGGCCCUAGUGGCACUCAAAAGCUCAAACUGACCACCGAGUCCCUCAAGUCCCUUCACGACGGCGUUUCUGUAUCCAAACUGAAACCAACUUUUCGCGACAUGGUCACUGUGAUGCGGCGACUGGGGGUAUGUCUUAUUUGGAUCGACUGUCUUUGCAUCGUUCAAGACGAUACUGAAGAUUGGAAGCGAGAAUCAGCAUCGAUGGGAAAAAUCUACGCGAAUAGCUGGCUAAAUAUUUCUGCAAACGCGGGACGGGACGGCAAUGCAGGUCUUUUUGUUAAGCGGGACGGCGAGAGCCUUGUGGACUACUUUAGCAUGCAGUCUGACGAAAAUGGUGAGGAAGUUUUAUUCGCAAUAACUGAAGCUGAAACAUGGUGGCACCAGGUGGAGGUCUCACCAGUGAAUCGAAGAGCUUGGGUACUACAAGAACGAAUCUUAUCGCCUCGUAUCCUUCACAUGUCUAGCAAAUUGGCCCUGUGGGAGUGCCGACAACUCCAGGCUUCCGAAGUUUUCCCGAAUGAUGGAUUACCAGACCAAGAGUCUCCCAACAACUAUGGUCAUAUAAAACGGCUGUGUCACGGGAGCCAGUCUCAGGACCAAGCAGAUAUUAGCGCCGAUUGGUGGCGGCUCGUGCACAGAUAUACCAUGUGCGCUCUUACAUUUGAAACGGAUAAGCUCAUCGCACUAUCGGGAAUCGCAUCUGAGAUUCACAAGAGGACACAGUGCGAGUAUCUGGCGGGAUUAUGGAGCUCUACACUGCCAUCGAGUCUCUUAUGGGUAGUUACAUCGCCACCAGGGCUUCGCUCACCGACAUAUGUGGCACCAUCUUGGAGCUGGGCAUCGGCAACAUGCACGGUUGAAUCCCCACAAUACGUCCCUGAGCACCCGAACCAUGUAGGAGCCAGUAUAAUCGGGCAUGAAAUAGCUCUGGCCAACCCGCGAGACAUGUUUGGUCAAGUGACGGCCGCAUCGAUUGGAGUACGAUCACGCUUGGGGACCCUGGACUGGAUCAUCGAGAUUGGCAGACAGGAAAGCACCGGAUGGGAUUAUCGCAUUACAGAAGUAACAAUAUCACUGCCUGGUGUCUUGGAUAAUUCUCACACGAUUGCAAAAUGGUCAUCGAUAAAUCCGGAGAGCUUGGUUCUAUUCUUUGAUUAUCGCGAAUAUGAAGACACCCAGAGGGCGCCCUUCGCAGUCAUGCGUAGUCAAAUAGUGCUUUCGGAAGAUGAAACCACGAUCACUGGCUAUAACGUGCAAGGGCUUCUACUGAAACGCCUCCCUUGCUCGCGGUACGUGCGGAUAGGAGUUGCACUAUUGGAAUUCGACACGGAGCAAGACUUUCUCAGCAAGAUGCCAGAACAGGACGUCAUCAUCAUUUGAGGAAAGGAGGUUGAGCUUGGCAAACGACUCAAUACUAUCUACAUGACUGCGCUAUCGCCUGGUCUAUCAUAAGAUCAAUGUGCCGAGACAUAUGCAAUUUCUGUCGGAAAGCCUCGAAAAGCCGACCAGGCACUUCCAAACUCCACAUUGCAGCUUCACUGGAUGAUGUAUUUCACGCCUGUGUGGUCACCAGGUGUUCCCCACCAAUAAUGGUGGAAUUUGGAGUGAAAAAUCGCGGAGAAGGACUGGGGGUUGUCCAAAACUGAUCGGAACUUGAAGCAUUCCAGAAAGUUAAUCAUGGCGGUAUACUUUAUCUCGCAAUGCUCAAAGUCAUCCGUCUAAACCACCGAGAACAAAGUCCAAGGACGACUCCUAAUAUCAUACCGUACCGUGAACACCAUAUCAUCACCACCCCUUCCCACCCCCUCAACGUCGUCCAUAAG